CUAUAACAUAACUCAAGAAAUUAAAGAAGAUAGAUAGAGAGAGAGAGAGAGAGUAAAAACCUAAAGGGUGAUAUACUUAUAUAAAAAUUAAUUUAAGAUUGUGAUUAAGUGGUUCACUAUAUUUAAGUUACUUUGAGGAGCUACUAAUCAUGGGUCAUCACUCAUGCUGCAACCAGCAAAAGGUGAAGAGAGGGCUUUGGUCACCGGAAGAAGAUGAGAAGCUUAUUAGAUAUAUCACAACUCAUGGCUAUGGAUGUUGGAGUGAAGUCCCUGAAAAAGCAGGGCUUCAAAGAUGUGGAAAAAGUUGUAGAUUGCGAUGGAUAAACUAUCUUCGACCUGAUAUCAGGAGAGGAAGGUUCUCUCCAGAAGAAGAGAAAUUGAUCAUAAGCCUUCAUGGAGUUGUGGGAAACAGGUGGGCUCAUAUAGCUAGUCAUUUACCGGGAAGAACAGAUAACGAGAUUAAAAACUAUUGGAAUUCAUGGAUUAAGAAAAAGAUACGAAAACCGCACCAUCAUUACAGUCGUCAUCAACCGUCAGUAACUACUGUGACAUUGAAUGCGGACACUACAUCGAUUGCCACUACCAUCGAGGCCUCUACCACCACAACAUCGACUAUCGAUAACUUACAUUUUGACGGUUUCACUGAUUCUCCUAACCAAUUAAAUUUCACCAAUGAUCAAGAAACUAAUAUAAAGAUUCAAGAAACUUUUUUCUCCCAUAAACCUCCUCUCUUCAUGGUAGACACAACACUUCCUAUCCUAGAAGGAAUGUUCUCUGAAAACAUCAUCACAAACAAUAACAAGAACAAUGAUCAUGAUGACACGCAAAGAGGAGGAAGAGAAAAUGUUUGUGAACAAGCAUUUCUAACAACUAACACGGAAGAAUGGGAUAUGAAUCUUCGUCAGCAAGAGCCGUUUCAAGUUCCUACACUGGCGUCACAUGUGUUCAACAACUCUUCCAAUUCAAAUAUUGACACGGUUAUAAGUUAUAAUCUACCGGCGCUAAUAGAGGGAAAUGUCGAUAACAUCGUCCAUAAUGAAAACAGCAAUGUCCAAGAUGGAGAAAUGGCGUCCACAUUCGAAUGUUUAAAGAGGCAAGAACUAAGCUAUGAUCAAUGGGACGAUUCACAACAAUGCUCUAACUUUUUCUUUUGGGACAACCUUAAUAUAAACGUGGAAGGUUCAUCUCUUGUUGGAAACCAAGACCCAUCAAUGAAUUUGGGAUCAUCUGCCUUAUCUUCUUCUUUCCCUUCUUCGUUUUAAAUUAAUGUUUAAAUCACAGCAAAUAAACUCCGCUAAUUUGUUUAUAAGUUUGUUUAUUCACCUUUUUUCUCUUAGAGUUUGUAACGGGAUUUUCACUUUAUUAUGUAAUGAGUGUUCUAAAUUGUUGAUAAAGAGAUGGUGUGAAUGUAUGUAUAUAAAACUCAAGGUCUUGUCCUUAAUUUGAU